AUGAGCCGGUGGCAACGCACUCUCAAGCAGCCCCUGCACUUCGCGGGCGUGGGGCUCCACUCCGGUGAGAAGGUAGCGAUCCGCGUUCUCCCGGCACCUGCGGGAUCAGGUAUCGUCUUCCGCACUGAUGCUCAACGCUCGGCUAUUCCCGCUCUCAUCGCCAACGUGGAUGCUCGCAAGAGCCAAUUGUGCACACAGCUCACUGCCAACGGCACAUUUGUAUCAACUUGCGAGCACUUGAUGGCCGCGUUGGUGGCGUCUCAAGUCACCAACGCCUUCAUUGACUUUGAAGAAAAUAGUCAACACUCCAGUGUCGAGCUACCGGUUCUAGACGGUAGUAGUAUCGAGUACGUUGAGGGAAUCCGACGUGUGGGUAUCGAAGCGCAACAAGGCGCAGUACUCAAGUAUCUGCGCAUUAAGCGACCGGUACAAGUCCUCAAGCAGGAUAAGGCUGCGUGGCUUCUCCCUAUGCCAAAAGAUCUCAGUGGCUCCCCGUCUCCUUUACAAACUCCGACACUGCAUAUGUCAGUGCAGGUGAAUUUCGCGCACAAGCAGCUGGGCACGACGUUCUGUCGCUUCUCGUUAGGCUCUGACCCGGACUCUACACUUGACACGUUCCAACGCGAAAUAGCAUCAGCCAGAACUUUCACGUUCGAAGACGAGAUCGCGUGGAUGCAAGCGAACGGCUUGGCACGCGGUGGAUCGCUCGACAACGCCGUCGUAUUCGCCAAAGACGGCGGAUCUUCCGUGCUAAACGGAGAUGGACUGCGAUUCCCCGACGAGUGGACACGACACAAGAUGCUGGACUGUAUCGGAGAUAUCGGUCUUGCCGGCCUUCCUCUCCACGGUUACUUUUUCGCGUCAAGUCCGGGUCAUACCCUAACUCAUGACUUGCUUCGAGAAUUGUUUAAGGAUUAUGAAAACUAUGAAGAAAUGUUUUAA